UUCUUCUUGGAACAACUCUUGCUGUUCUUACUACCUUGACAUUGGGAACAUCAAUGGCUGCUCGUCAAGGUCCAGUAGCUAUGGCUGCUCAUCAGAUAUGUAUACAAGUUUGGUUGGCUGUAUCCCUUCUAACUGAUGCAAUGGCUGCAUCUGGUCAGGCCCUGAUUGCUACUUAUUUAUGUAAAGGUGAAUACAAAAUUGUGAAAGAAGUUGGUGACUCUGUGUUAAAGGGUCUAAAAGAAAUGGUUGAGUGUUUGUUUGGAACUUUGACUAAGUCAACUGAUGCUAUUGGGCAAGACGAUAUUGAAGGUCCAGGAAUGAAACCAACAAACCUCCUGAGGUCAAAAAAUCUCCAACCCACUUUGGAAUGGCAGAACAAGUAUUAGAAGGCCAUAAAGAAAUAGCCACAAGUUCUGAUACAUGUACAUAAAAAGUGUGAAGUUCAAACCUACAGACGACAAGGGAAGAAGGAAGCUCUGUCCCAUAGAGGUGAUCCGUGGAGUAAACAUGUUUAUGCCACCAUUCCAAAUUGACUGGCCCCUCGAAUUGCACAAUGGCAAUAUGCUCUCCUCCUGCGACUCUAAAGUAGGCAAAACACUGGUGUUGGAAGGACAUGUAACAGGGUUAUUGUGCAUUCCAUUGUACAAGCUUGAAUGGAUUUUAUUUUCUGUUGUAUUUGGCCCUUCUCUUUUGAAGCAUGCCAAAAAUCAUCCUGGUUUCGUAAUAUGUGGUUUGUGGCCAAUUCA